GAUACAAACGCGAGGCUGCAGUUUGUUUAUAUUCUCAGCUGAUCACUUCAAGCAGAAAAGCGAGACAUUCAAAGCCAUGAGUGUGUCCAGUGACCAGCCAGAUGAUGAGCUCACUAUCCCUCGAGCGGCAAUGAACAAGAUGAUCAAAGAGCUCUUGCCAAACGUACGUGUUGCCAAUGAGGCUCGGGAACUGAUCCUGAACUGCUGUACUGAGUUUAUCCACUUGCUGUCCUCAGAGGCUAAUGAGAUUUGCAACCAACAGCAAAAGAAAACAAUCAAUGCUGAACAUAUACUAAUGUCAUUAGAUAAACUUGGUUUUGGUGACUAUAGAGCGGAUGCAGAGGCUGUGCUCAAAGACUGCAAAGCAAUGGCGGCCAAGAAGAGAAGAAAAAGCACCCGCUUAGAAAACCUUGGCAUCCCAGAAGAAGAAUUACUCAGACAGCAACAAGAGCUUUUUGCAAAGGCACGAGAGCAAGUGGAAAUGGUUGAGCAGCAGCAGUGGCAGAUGCUGCAAGCACAAGCAGCAGCUGCUCAACAGCAACAGCAGGAGCAACAGGCAAUUGAUGAAGAUGAAGAUUAUUCUUAAACUGUAACCCCAAACCAGCUGUCAGAUUUUACAAAGAAGUCUAACCAUAUUAUUGUACUUAAAGUUAAGUUCCCCAAAAUACAAUUUUGUUAUA